UCAUCUGGUUUACCGUCUGGAGUGAAAUGUCGCGGCUGCUCCCAAGGAGUCGCAAAAGAGUAUGUACAAUGCACUGGCUGUCAAGCCUACUAUCAUCCAAGCUGCGCUGAACGUGCUGGAUCUCUGCCCAAUGGGCUUAUUCAACGUUGCUGUGGCCGACGUGGGUCUUCCUCCACAGAAGAUAUUCGUGACAUUAUUAAGCAAGAAAUAAGUGCUCUGCGUAACAGCUUUAAAAAUGAUGUUACGUUACUGCGUAAUGAUAUCAAGACGGAUGUCAAUAAUGAUGUCACAUCACUACGUAAUGACAUCAAAAAUGAUGUCAAAAAUGAGGUAGAACCUGUCAUCUCUAGUGUAAAUGACCUUAAAUCACAGGUAAAACAGUUUACAGAGCAAUUUCAAAAUAGAAUCUGUGCUGUGGAAGAAAAACUUAUGAAUAAUGAAGUGCGCAUAACGGCCAAUGCUAAGAUUAUAACCUCCAAUGUUCAGAAAAUUGCGGAUCUCCACAACUUAGUUACUGACAUACAUACUCAGGCUGAUAAUAGUGUUAUUCUGCGUGAAGUAGACGAUCGUCUGGCCAGAAGAAACAAUGCCCUUUUUUUAGGCAUUGUUGAAUCUCAAAAAUCUACUCCUAUUGAGCGUCAAGAGGAUGACCUCUCCAGAGUCCAAGGUAUUUGCUAUACUCUUGCAAAUAAUGUCUCAAUCUCCUCCUGUACAAGACUGGAUCAUAACCGGAUUGAUAAGAGCAAAGAAAGCCAAGGACUCUCUCCUGUCAGUGGAGAAUCUUUCGAUAGUCCACGACAAAACAAAUCUCCAGAGGAACGAACAAAAGAUAUUACGUCAACAACUCCAGGAACGGACAGCAGCAGGGGAACGGAAUUUGAGGAUUGUAACUCGUGCUGGUCAACCGAGGAUAAUCAAGGACCAUCGGAAUAUUUUAGCCUCGACUCCCAAAAACUCAGCUUCUUAAACUCCACCUCAUCCUGUCUGACAUUAUAUUAUCAGAAUGUCAGGGGACUAAAUACCAAAUUAGAUAGUAUAUUUUAUAAAACUAGUAUGGCUGAGUAUGAUUUUUAUGCUUUUUCUGAAACCUGGCUCAAAACAGGUGUAUUUAAUAAUGAAAUUUUUAGUAAUGAAUAUUCUGUUUUUAGGUGCGACAGACGUUAG